UUUGGGUCCACUGGGAUCACUUUUAAUUAGAGCCCUUUCUUCUGCAAAUGAUUUCAAAAGACAUCAAUCAUAGCUUAUUAUCAACAGCAGCUCUUCAUAUUUUCCCAUAAAUCUCUCUGAAAAGUUUUAUCACGGCCAACAUUUUAUUCUUCUACAAUGGUUUUUCAAGAAAUCUCAAUUGAGGAGACAUGUCGUCCAACAACAGGUGAUCGGAGCAGUAGAGACGCCGAAAAUGGCAAGCUUAACAACCAACGACGAUCAAGUGUUGGACAGGGAGAUGACCAAGAUGGGGAGAGAGACGAUAAGAAAGAUGCUCUGCUAGUUGCAUGGGGUGGGGGCAAGAGACGCAUGGUGUUGGCUAAUGUGUGCACUGUUCUGUUAUACGUGUGUUUCCUGGGUGCAUGUGUGAUGACGUCAGUAGAGAGUGUGAAGAGUGUGAUCAGAGCCAGUACCACUCCCGUGUCUUCUACUUCCAUUCACUUCCAACAGCACAAGUACAAUCCACCAGCCAUUGUUAUGCUGUAUGUGGCGGACAGUGACGAGAGGAGCCUGAAAUUGAGGGACUAUCACUGCGUGUGCAGGUACUCCAACAACGGAGGACUCACAGACAUAUUCGUCAAGACAAUACUCGGAUCACACCAUAGAGUUUCUAAGAGGAGGUGUGAAUACGUAACAGACAUAAUCUCAAUCGACGACUUCUACACGGUCAUGGCUGCCCAGCCCCACUCUAACUCUCACUCUCCCACUCACUUCAGUGAUGGGUCACCCCACCCCCACGCAAAUCACUCAACACUCAUGCAACAGCUCAAAAAACACAGCCAGCUAAAUGCCAACAGAUCCAACAAACAUCAGAAACAUUAUGUCGCAUUCACCAUUCGAGGUCCAGAGGACUGGGAAAGAAAAGAACAAGUUGAGGUCGCAUGUACUCAUAGAAACAACUACGGGUCAUCAACAUCAUCAGGAGCUGCACGGACAUCAUCUCAGUCUCAAAAGACAAGAACUCGGAAUUUAAAGAGUCCGGAGGCUGACAAUACUAGGGAUCCAUCACGCAAUUUGUCCAGCGAAUCGAUAUCUAAAGAAACUGAUAAUUCAAAGAUUCAACCGCGACGCACAGAAAAAGAGGAUUUUAAGAAAGAGCCUAGCGAUCCGGAAGUUGACACUAGUCGGAUUGGAGGCCACCCACGAGACACGAGGAAAGUUUCUGGAGACAUGAUGUCUGAAAAUAUUGGGUUUCUAAAGUUUCUGAACAUAUCUGCAGCCGGGAGAGGAGCAGAGUCUGUCAUUACUGGAAAAGAAAGCAUUCAUGGGGAUGACAGAGUGAGCCUAGAGUACAUGUUGCUGCCAUCCUACCACGAAAUGCUGAAAAGUGAGAAUCGGAUGCAGGCCAUUCUGACUCACAGGGGCACUAAGAAGACGGAGUUCACGGAGAGCAGCGUGAGCAAGACACUGCAUGUCUAUCUGCUGAUGAGCGAGGUGGAGGAACACGGUCAACACCGGUUACUACUCGACACAGAGGAAUCAUAUAAAAUAGUUCCAACUAGCAACAAUAUGGGUGAAUUGGGAAGCGUGAAACUUAAAUUCGAGUGGAAGAGCCCAAUGGUUUGGAAGAUCAAGACUUUCAUAGCCGCCUCCCCCUGGUACGCAGUCACAGUCAUAUGUACAAUGUUACUCACACUUGCAGAAGCAGUUAAUGUGUCGAGGAAGAUCAAAAUUCUGUUUUUGGGUCAACACUCACGAACAAACAAGACAUCAAAAGGGAAUCGGCAAAAGGACGCCUUCAAAAAAAUUUGA